UUCAUACCAAAAUCAAAACUAACUAAACAGUCCUCCAACGACGUCGUUUUCUCUCUUUUUUCCCCUCAUAUAAAUUACCGCACUCAUCGUCAUACCAUUCAUCACCAAAGCUGAGAAAAAGAAAAAGAAAAGAGAGUGAGAGAGGAGAGAAGAGAACCUGUUCUUCCUCUAACUAUCUCUACUCUUUUCCAGAUUCGUUCAAUUUUCUCAUCCAUCGCUUAAUUUCAAACCUAAAUAGCAUUCAAUUGAUUCUCAAAUCCUUCACUUCGUGUUAAUUAACGGUUUUGAUUGAGGUUGAAAGAAGAAGGUAGCCAACAGAGGAAGCUAACAGCUGAGGCUCAAUGGCUUAUAUACUGAUAUUGCUGUGAUUUCUGCCUUUGCAUUGUAAACUUUUCAUCUUUUACCAUGUGGAAUUUCGCAUCACACGCCCUUACAAGCAUUAGAAUGAAAAGAAGCUCCACAGAGCCAAUUCUAUCUUGUGCCGAAUGCUCAGAUGAUGAGGUCUGCUCUAAUGCCAGCAGAGAUGAAGGACUGGAAUGCCCAAUAUGCUGGGAAUCUUUCAAUAUAGUUGAGAACGUGCCUUAUGUCUUAUGGUGUGGCCACACCCUCUGUAAAAAUUGUGUCCUAGGACUUCAGUGGGCUGUGAUGAAAUUUCCUACCCAACAAAUCAAGAUUCCGUUCUUCAUUUCCUGUCCAUGGUGCCACCUACUAUCAUUCCGGUUCAUCUACAAAGGAAAUAUGAAAUUUCCUCGCAAGAAUUUUUUCCUUCUUUGGAUGGUUGAGAGUCUGAAUGGUGAUAGGCAUAAGGCUGUUUCUUCUUGUGUAGACAGCCAACCAAUAUGGUCUCCUAAGGGCAACCUUUUGGGAAGUCAAAGUACUAGUUGUAGCCUUAGAAGGCCCUCAAUUAGCCAUAGUUCUGGACGAUUGGGAUCUAACAAUAAUAAUGUUGGUGUCAGUGAUGGAGAGAGACACUACUUUUGCCUUCAUAAAUCUCUGGAUUUCUUCCUUCACUUUACAUCCAAGUUCCCAUUGGUCAUCAUUUUCCUUCUGAUAGCCUUUUUUGUAAUUCCCUGCAGUGUUGUUAUUUUAAUCAUUUACUUCCUACUCACUAUUGUUUUUGCUAUCCCAUCAUUCCUCGUCUUGUACUUUGCAUACCCUACUAUCCAGAGAUUGGUUAGAGAAAUAACUACGUAAGAUGUAGCUUUGCUUCUCCAGUCAGUUGUGGCAUGUUAAUCCAACCUCAACAAAGUUAUUAUAUACCUUUGGAUCGACUGUUCUACCAUGUGGCAUUCUCUUUGUUAUUUCUAGGUUUUCAUAUUUUUACGAUUUAUUUUCUUCUGUAGUUUUUUGUGCCAUCUUAAGAGGAAUGUUUUUCUUGUCAGUUGUAAUUUUAUUUUUAAUUUUUUAUUCCUGAAGUGAGGUUUAACUGUUGUACAAAGAAGUCUUACAUGCUAAAAUUUUAUGUGCAAAAUUACUACGGUUAUGUGAAUACUUGUAGAAAAUAUGUUUCUUGCAACA